UGAAGUACUUACCCAAAAAUGUCUUCCUUCCAUUUUUCUAAACAGCCUGUAGACGAUCAAAUCAUUGCAGAUGUAAAAUCACUAGACAGAUUUGAAGAAGAGGCAUUUAUCGAGCUCUUAGACAUCGUAUUCGCAUUUCUUACCUCUCCAAAGGAUGGUGAUCGCUUCAUAAAUCGAGUGUCCGAGUUCGCUGGAGGACAUGGAGUUGGUGCUGGAGCUUUGAAACAUGUCAUGAAAAGUUUGCUUUCUUUCUUUAAAAGUGCUUUAAAAAGGAACCUAACGCCUGCACAGAUUAAAGAAGAUUUAGAAAAUAUGGGGCUCUCAGCAGAAAAGACUUCCCUGGUUGAGGAAAAAUGGAAGAAAAACCUCAUUGCUCUUUCUCGAUCAGUGGUAGGGCAGACAUUUAUGGUCAAUCAGCUUGUAGACAUGGAGUGGAAGUUUGGAGUAACAUCAGGUAGUAAUGACUUAAAGGUUGUUGGUCAAACCUUUCUUCAGUUGAAGCUUGUGAUAGAUCGAGGCACUCACCACGAGGAUUUGUUUAUGGAAAUGACUUUGCCUCAGUUUUAUUCUUUUUUGCAUGAAAUGGAAAAAGCAAAGUCCACUCUUGAAUAUUUUAGCUAAAGGUAAUUCCUUCAAAAUUCCCCUGAGUCUGACAUCAAACCUUGUGGCUUAACAUUGAUAGGAACUAUACGAAAUCCACCCAUCUGUGGAAUUGGCACAAAAUUACAUGUUACUGCUACCCCCAAUUUUGUACAAGAAUUCUUGAAAUUUUUUUAUUAGUAGUAUUCAAUUACAAAUAUAGUUAAAAGAAUGAAAACGAUACAUGUAUAUAUAAUUUUAUAUAACAAAAAAAAUUGUGAAUCUGUAGGAAACAAAAUUUAGUGGAGAGGUAUAUGGAAAUUACCAAAUGUUUAUAAAUAACAGAAACCAAACUAAUAAAAAAUAAUAGUACUAGCAAUAAUUUAUUGUAAUGAAUUUAAGGAAAGAUUUCGGGUAGGAAUUAGCUGACAGUUGAAUUAGGCUCCAACUUUUGUAAGGAAUUGUUUAAGAAAGAAUAUAGAUCACAGGUAGCCCAA